AUGGCUCUCCGUCGCUUCAACGCAGGUGGCAAGAAGCAGAAGGAGCUGACAGAGGAACAGAAACAGGAGAUCAAAGAGGCCUUCGAUCUCUUCGACACCGAUGGCUCAGGUGAGAUCGACUCCAAGGAACUGAAGGUGGCCAUGCGUGCCCUGGGCUUCGAACCAAAGAAGGAAGAGAUUCAAAAGAUGAUCAGCGAUGUGGACGACGAUGGAAGUGGCACCAUUGGCUACGAAGAGUUCCUGAAGAUGAUGACCCACAAAAUCCUGAACCGCGACCCGAAAGAUGAGAUUUUGAAGGCUUUCCGGCUCUUUGAUGAUGAUGAGACUGGCAAGAUCUCCUUCAAGAACCUCAAGCGUGUUGCAAAGGAGCUUGGCGAGCGCAUGACUGACGAGGAGCUCCAAGAGAUGAUCGAUGAGGCGGACCGCGACGGAGAUGGUGAGGUGAACGAAGAGGAGUUCCUGCGUAUCAUGAAGAAGACAAACCUUUUCUGA